CGCCCCGCAGGGCCGGGCAGAGAGGCUGAGCCGACCGGCGGGUUCAUGGAGGGCGCGGAGCGGUGCGCCGAGGAGCGGGCGCCGCUGCUGGGCGCGCGGCGGGCGGCGUUCGAGGGGCGGCGCCUGGCCUGCGCCGCGGUGCUGCUGACGGAGCUGCUGGAGCGCGCCGCCUUCUACGGCGUCACGGCCAACCUGGUGCUGUUCCUGAACGGCGCGCCCUUCCACUGGGAGGGCGCGCAGGCCAGCCAGGCGCUACUGCUCUUCAUGGGCCUCACCUACCUGGUGUCGCCUUUCGGCGGCUGGCUGGCUGACGCGCGGCUCGGCCGGGCGCGCGCCAUCCUGCUCAGCCUAGCGCUCUACCUGCUCGGCAUGCUGGCUUUCCCGCUGCUGGCCGCGCCCAACACGCGCGCCGCGCUCUGCGGGACCCCUCACCCCACGCGCAUCCGCAACUGCUCGGCGCCCUCCUGCCUGGAUCCGCCCGCCCGCUACUGCGCGCCCGCCGCGCUCGGGGCGCUCGCGGUGGUCGGUCUGGGUGUGGGCGCGGUCAAGGCCAACAUCACUCCCUUCGGUGCGGACCAGGUCAAGGAUCGGGGCCCCGAGGCCACGCGGCGGUUCUUCAACUGGUUCUACUGGAGCAUCAACCUGGGCGCCAUCCUCUCACUCGGAGGCAUCGCCUACACUCAGCAGAACGUGAGCUUCGUGGUGGGCUACACCGUGCCCGCCGUCUGCAUCGGCCUCGCCUUCCUCAUCUUCCUCUGCGGCCAGAGCGUGCUCAUCAGCAAGCCGCCUGACGGCAGCGCCUUCACCGACGUCUUCAGGGUCCUGGCCUACUCCUGCCGCCCUCAGAAGCGCACCGGAGACGGCGACCCAGGGGGCGAAGGCAGUGGAGGCUUUCCGCACCCUUCUUCUAAACACAGUCUGUUUGGUUCAUGUAAGAUGUCCCGUGGAGGGCCCUUCACGGAAGACACAGUGGACGACGUGAGAGCUCUGGUCAAGAUCGUCCCUGUGUUCUUGGCUCUGAUACCGUAUUGGACGGUGUACUUUCAAAUGCAGACCACCUAUGUCCUGCAGAGUCUCCACCUGCGGAUUCCCGCGAUCUCCAGCAUCACGGCCACCACGCACACGUUCCCGGCCGCCUGGCUGACCAUGUUCGACGCGGUGCUCAUCCUGCUGCUCAUCCCGCUCAAGGACCGGCUGGUGGACCCGGUGCUGCGGCGGCGGGGCCUGCUGCCGUCGUCCCUGAAGAGGAUCGCCGUGGGCAUGUUCUUCGUCAUGUGCUCCGCCUUCGCCGCCGGGAUCCUGGAGAGCAAGCGGCUGGACCUCGUGAAGGAGAAGACCAUCAACCAGACCAUCGGGAAGGUCGUGUACUUCGCGGCCGACCUGCCCAUCUGGUGGCAGGUGCCCCAGUACGUGCUCAUAGGCGUCAGCGAGAUCUUUGCGAGCAUAGCAGGCCUGGAGUUCGCGUACGCGGCGGCGCCCAAGUCCAUGCAGAGCGCCGUCAUGGGCUUGUUCUUCUUCUUCUCCGGCGUCGGGUCCUUCGUGGGCUCGGGCCUGCUGGCGCUGGUGUCCCUCAAGGCCAUCGGCUGGAUGAGCAACCACUCGGACUUCGGCAACAUCAAUGGCUGCCACCUCAACUACUACUUCUUCCUCCUGGCCGCCAUCCAGGGCGCCACACUCCUGCUCUUCCUCGUCAUCUCUGUGAGGUACGACCGGCAGCGUGCGCGGGCCAGCGGGGCGGUGACACCUGCCAGCAGGAGGGCCUGACGCCCCCAGCAUCCUGCGGCCCGGGGACCGGAGUUCCGGGAGGCGCUGGCCACGUGCUGAGCCCAGUGGGACUGAGCCCCUGGCGGCGGGCAGGUGCCUUCCCGGCAGUGGCUCGUGCUGGGCGUGGCUGCUGGAACCGGGGCCCAGCAGCGCGUCCCUCCCAUCCGCACGUCUGUCCGUCUGCAGCUGGCGCCGAUGAGGCCCACCUGGCCUCGGCUCGGUGUUCGUGGGCGUCUUCAAGUCUCCCACUCGUGUCCCUGUGCAGCAGCUCCGACUGGAUUUUCUGAGUAACAAGCGUCUGCUCCUACACGGACUGGGUCAGGGCUGCGCGACGGUGCCCAUGGCGAGCCGCGUCCUUGCCGGAGGUGCAGGCCGGCACCGAGUGAGUUUACCUGCUGCUUCAACUGUGCUUCUCUCUAAGCCGUUGACAUUGCUUUUCUUUUCAGUGAGUGAGAACCUAAGUCAAGGAAUAUUUAAGUCUGUGUGCUCUGCCUCAAGCCGGAAAACAAGUUAUGAAGGCUUUGCAGCCUUGGCCGCGUCCUCGCGUGUGUCACCAUCUUGGGGGCGGAGACUGGAGACGGGUCGGGGAGCCAUGAGGAAAGGUCCUUCUGAACGAAGUCGAUGUGGUUGUUAAAUGUGAACUUGAACUGUUGGCCUCGGCGUUGCCAUUUGUAUAGUUAUUGUACACAUAGGUCCAGGUUCUGAUUUUGUUAAAUAAACUAUUCUUGUCACUGG